AGCUUGCGAUAUGUGGUAAAUCCGGAUCGGAUCACUAUAUACAUAAAAACAUAAAUAAACACAUCAAUUUUCCAUUCCACCGAUUGAUAACAACCCUUAUUUACUGGAAAGAUAAGAGUCUAGAUUUCAAGUCAAUAGAUUCCAAGUCAACCUCGCUGUUAUUUCAGUUUAUUCAGAGAUAUGAGCGAACAUUCACCUGUUUAUUAUGGAGCGGAUGCGGUGCGUCGUGUGCUCACCUGGCCACUGGUCAAUGGAGCGGUGGAAUCGGCACUAAAGGCGGUGGUCAAGGAUCAGGGAUCCCCCUCUCCAGGCUCAUUUGCCAUCCAACCGAAAAGGAUUAUGACCAACUGUGGCGAUCGUAGCCGGAUCCUCUUUACUAUGCCCGCCUUCGUAGGAAACUAUAGUCUUGCCUCGGAGGAGACUAGCUCCCGCUCCACGCUUGCCUGCAAGCUGGUGACCUCCUUCCGUGGGAAUCCUCAAAAGAAACCCCCGCUGCCCAGUGUCCAGGCCCAUGUUUUGUUGUUCAAUAGUGAAACAGGCGAACUGUCAGCCAUAAUGGAGGGCACGGAUCUGACCACCUGGCGCACUGCUGCCGCCUCUGUGCUGGCCACCAAAUAUCUCUACUUCCGGCGCUUCGGUUCGCAGGCGGAAAUGGACAAGGAAAUCAAUGUGGCCAUUGUGGGUUGUGGUGUACAGGGACAGAUUCAUGCCAUCAGCUUUUGUGCCAAUUUUCGGGUGAAACAAAUGACUUUAUACAAUCGCACAGAGUCAAAAGCUCGAGAUCUGGCCGAGAAACUAAAACAGGAAAUGGAUUCCAAGAAACAAACUACAAUAGUUGUUUGCUCAAGUCCGGGAGAGGCCUGUGAGGAUGCCGAUGUCAUUUGCAUAGCCACAUACUCCCGAGAGGGGCUCAUCCAUGCCAAGGAUUUGAAAAAGUCCAGUGUCCAUAUCAAUUCUGUGGGCGCUGGAGAAGUUCACUUUGGGGAAGUGGCUGCUGAUGUCUAUCACCAGGCAAAGGUCUACGUGGAUUGCCAUGCCAAUGCCGAGGCCGAGUUGAAAGGUCUACCGGCACCUAUUCAAGGCGAAGUGGGAGCUGUAAUCCUCAAUGGAAGUUAUCCCGCAGAGGCGGGCAUCUCCAUUUUUCAAUCAAUGGGAAUGGCUUCGGAGGAUGCCUGUGUGGCACAGGCAGUGCAGAAUGCAAUCCUGCAGCAGAGCUCCUAACCCAAG